AUGAACCAGAUUUUCUAUCCUCUCACCUAAGUACAUAGAACUUCAAGUAGACAAAUUAAUAAAGUGGUUUACUAUGGCAAUGCUUUACCCAAAAUAAAACCAAAAUCUAACGAUCUAAAAUAAUCAAUAUUUGAUUGGUAUUAAAAACCUAUCUAAUUUUAAGGUUGAGACAACUAAAUUAAGAACAAUUAGAAGAAGUGCUUUCAUUUACAUCUUAUUUUAGAGUUUAUUCAUAUCUUAAAAUGUUCAAGAUAGAUCAAAUUGGACUACAUGAAUAUUAAGAAUUAUUAUGUAGUCCUUUUGAAGUGGAUGUCGAAUAGGAACUUACAAACUUUUAUUCUAUAUAAAUUUGCAAACGUCUAAAUAAGAUUGAUCUAAAUGCUCAUAAGGUAUUACAUUAAUUUUAAUAAAUUAAAGUACAUUCUUGAUCACAUUUAUGUGUCUGAUUAUGAAUGGUUAUUUGAUACCAUUACAUUAAAAGGGGAUGUUGAAGAAAUUAUUAAAUCAUUUGAAACUAUAUCAAAUGGCACCAUAUUUACCAAUUGGGGAGAAUUAGAAUCUCAUGAAGAAGAAGGAUAUUUUGAAAUUAACCUAAAAAAACAGAAGAUAUAUUAAACAUUAUCAGAAUUAUUGGUUGAAGAAUUUUAGAUUGCUAUCUUAUUAAAGUACUUAAUCAAUCCUACCUCAUAGGUAUCGUUAAUCUUUUGAAGGUAAUAAUUACACUUAUUAAAAAAAUUUAUUAAGUAUGGCUCAUGUGAGAUUUAAUUACCUUUCAAUUAAUUUAUAAUAAGACUUCAUUGAUUUUCAAUAAUUAUUUACUCAAGAAACUAAUUAGAAAUAAUUAAUUACAGAACUGAAUUUAAUUCAUUCUUGGAAUAAACAGAUCUAAAUGAAUUCCUCAUAACAUCAAAAUUUAUCUUAAGAAGUUUAAUAUUAUUUUAAUUAACCAAAAGAAUUAUUUUCUGUUCCUUUAAAAUAAGUACUUAAUGGCUAUGUUCUUUUUUGUAAAUUCAUAAUUUCCAAAAAUUUACUUAAAGAAUUCCCUUUAACUUAGGUUAUUGAAAUUAAAAGAAUUAAAAUAAAAUAAGAUAAACAAACAUAAUAAUAAUUGUAAUAACUUUUUAAUUUAUUUAAAAAUUAAUCUAAAUCUAAAAUAUUACCAUCAAAUGAUUAAAGGUUAUUUAGUACAAAUAAUGAAGAAAUAGAAAAUAAUUUAUAUGAAUUGACAAGUUAAUUUAUGAAGAAACUAAUGGAUGAAACAUUUAUUGAAUUGGAAAAUUAGAAAAAAUACAAAAAAUAAAAAUAGAAGAAAGCAAAAAACCAAAAAAAACAAUAUAUGAGUGAAUGUAUAUCAAAUUGUACAGAGUAUCAAUAAUAACAAUAAUAAUAAGAAAUUUAAUUCGGAGAUGAAGAAUGGAUUAAUGAUACAUAAACAAAAAAUCAAAAAAAAAAAUAAAGAAGAAAGGAGUAAUUAUUUUAAUUCUAUAUUGUUAGAAAUUAAGACAAGAAGAAACUAAAAAAAUUGCCUGAAAUAUAAUAAGUGGAAUCAAGUGAAAGUGCUUAAACGCAAUAAUUAGAACCUUCAAUAAAUAUUGAAAUUUAAAAAUAAGAAGAGAUCUAAGAACAAGUUUAAGAGACUUUUCUUUGUACUACAACUUCUACUCAUGAUGAUGAUGGAGAAUUUAUUGAAGUAACUAAAAAGAAAUUUAAUGGAAAAAAAAAGAAAUAAAAUAAUAAAAAAGAUAAAGAAUAAAAAGAAGAGUAAAUUUAAAAAUAACCAGUUUUAUUGAAAAAAUCUAAUUCUUCAUAACAGAAUUAUUUAUCUGAUGAUUAUAAAAUGGGUAAUACAACACCCACAAAAGUUUUAUCUUAGAAAAAAGAAUAAGAAAGUCCUCCACUUCAAAAACCAGGUUUAGUGAAAAGUGCAAGUAAAGAAUAAAAAACAUAUAAAUAUGAUUUAGAUAAAGGGAUACUUGAAAAUAUAUAUCAAAAUAUUUUAGAACAUAAGAUAAGUAGAGAUAUCUAAUCAAUGUAUUAAAAAGAAUAAGAUAAUUUAUUAAAAUUCAGAUAAGCAAGAGAGAUUGCUAUAUUAAGAGUAUAACAUAUAAUAAAAGCUCAUUUCUUUUAAUUUUAAGUUGAGCCUGUUAUUUUUGGUUCUUCAAGAACAGGAUUAGCUCUUCAUGAUAGUGAUGUUGAUAUGGUUGUUUUUGGAUUACCUGUAUUCACAAAAGCAUAAUUAUUUGAUCCAAUGAGAAAAUUAUUGGAAGUUUUCUCAUAAAUGAAAUGGGCUAUUAGUUACAAGUAUUUAAUUAUAUAAUAAUUUACAGACACAUAUUUUAAGCUACAAUUCCUUUGAUAAAAAUUACAAUAGAUCCUUCUGUUGGUUUUUUAGAAUUUGUUGGUAAUCCUCUUUAUUAUAUAAUGAAUCAUAGAAAUAUUGAAUAAAUGAAUUUAAAAUAUGGGGAAUUAUGUAUAGAUUUUAUUUAAAAAUAGCAUAAAAUAUCUAAAUUGACAUCACUUUUGAGUUAUAGUAACCAUAUCCAAUGUAUGGAUUUUAAGGAUAUCAUGUUGGACUUCUUUCAACAGAUUAUUAACUUUAAGUAGGAAAUUCAAUUAAAGGAUUCACUGAAGUAGCCAUAGUCUUAAAGAAAAUAUUGAAAUAAAGAGGAUUGAAUGAUUCUUAUACUGGAGGAGUGAGUUCUUUUUGUUUAACUAUUAUGUUAGCUGCUAUUGGUGAAAAUUUAACUUUAGGGGAUAAAUUAUUAUAAUUUUUAUAAAGAUAUGGAUGGAAUUUUGAUCCUGAAUUAUAAUAUAUCUCCUUACAUUCUUAAGAACCAUUUAUGCCUAUUUAAGAUUAAGGAGAUAGAUUACCUUUGAAUAUUAUUUCACCAAUCAAUGAAGAAAAAAUUCAAAUCUAUGUGUCUAAAAUUUAAGAAAUUUUAUAAGUCUUCAAAGAACUCUAUUUAGAAUUAAAAGAAAAUAUUAAUCAAAUUGCUACAAGUUUACAAAAAAAAUUAGAUUAAAAGGAAUUAUUAUAAUUACAUUAAACAAAUAUUGAGAAGCUUGUUGAUCUGAUCUAAUGGCAGAAUCAAAAUCUUCUUGAUAGUCAAUUCUGA